CCGAAGAGAGGUGCUGUCGUUGUCUUGGUAACCUGGAACGUCAUUAUGUGUUAAAGAGAAGAGCUGUUUAGUUUUGUCGAGGGGUGCUGCUGCAGACAGUCCUGAUAAACAAGGAAGGCUUGAAUCAUGGACAACUGUGAUUUGGAGAAGCUCUCUAUCUCUGCUGGGAAGCUCCAUCCAACCUUCUCACCACUGGUUACAGACUACAAAGUGACAGUGGAGAGCAAUGUCAGCAAUGUGACUCUGGACCUGAGCACCAGUGAUUGUGGAGCAUCAUACAGCAUUCUGUCUGGUGACCGUUCCUGCACCGUUAAUCUGAAGGAUGGGAUGAACAGAGUAGAAAUUGAAGUAGUGGCCGAGGAUGGGACUGUGAAGAAAUACAGUGUGGAAAUCACUAAGCUAUCAGGAAAGAUCUCAGAGCUCACGGAUCUGUCUCUGGAAGAGGAUAUUCCACUUUACCCACCCUUUACUACCAAAGUCCACGAAUACAGCAGUUUUGCCCCCUUUUAUUGUAAUGUAGUAACGCUUCGUCCCAAGGUUCCGGACAGCCUCAUUAAAGUCACAGUUAAUGGUGAGAGCAGCUGCCAACCUGUGCCGCUGCAUUUUGGAGACACGCUGGUGGAGGUCUCUGUCCGCUCAGCAGAUGGCAGCGUUUCACAGUUGUACACCGUGUUGGUGACGCGGGAGCUGAUUCCCGUGGCUGUGACCUUCACUGAAGGAAAGCAGCAGCUGGAUUAUGAAUGCCCGGUGUCCCUCAGUGCUCUUUACAGGCCUGUGUCUGUCCACCACAGUAACCCAAAGAGCACCUUCUCAAGGCCUUUCAUUGAGAUGCUGGCCCGACGAUCAAGGUUCGACCCACUUAGCGGUUGUCCACUGGGAGAUGGCUGGAAGGUCGUGGAACUGGACCUUGAUAAAAAGAUGUCUGCAGCUCUGGUCCAGUGUUUCUUUCAUUACAGAGGAUGUGACAGCGUGAUGCAGCUAUCAGAACUCGGGCCACACACCCUGGACUGUCCACACAAACCCACAGGGGACCUGGAUGCAAAGGAUGUAACAGAGACCAACUGGUAUAAGGAGCACUUUGAAACAUCUGGAGGUUUUGACAUAGAGACAAAGCAUGUUUGUAAGGUGCGUAACUGGGAGAAGAGACUCCAAAUGACAGGAGAGGAGUACAGUGUGGAUAAACUGUGUGCCCUGGCUGAGGAGCAUCUGAACCACUACAGCAAACACCGACUAAAACCAGGGGACCGGAUGAAGAAUGAGAAUGUGGAGUCUCUUCUGCUCAGUCUGGAGCAGGCGGCUUCUUAUUAUGCAUCAGGUGUAGCACUUAGUCCCAGAAAUGCCAGGCUCCACUAUCUGCUGGGUCUCGUUUUGGAGGAGCAGCACAAUGCCACAGAGAUUUACGGCCUUCAGAGAAAGUCUGAUAAGGACAGUGAGGAAUUAAGUGAUGCCAAGUCAUCAGCCCAUCAGGAUGACAUCCUGGCUGUGUGUAAGCUGCAUGGCCUUCUUGGUACGCCCACUGUGGAGAACCAGCUGCAGGCCUUGGAUAAGGAGUAUCACCUGCUGAAAGAGCAAGGACAGUCUGUCAAAUCUGACUAUGUGCAGACCCUUUACAUGUGGCUGUCCAAGAGUGCUGGAAAGGAUCGCAAUGCAGUGAUGCAAGAUGAUGAGAGCUACAUAUAUCGAGCCCUCAUGAAGUAUCUUGAUGCCUGGUCUUUGGGUCCGGACAGCUGGGAGUUCAGCCUCCAUGUAGGAAGACUUCUGCUGCUUCAGGGAAGAAGCAGGGAAGCUCUGCAGCACAUUCAGACCGGGCUGGCACUGCGACCCCUGCACCCUGAACUCAGAUUCUUCACAGGACUGGCUCUGUUGCAGCAGGAGCAGAAAGUCUGUGAGGGCACAGAGAAGGAGGCUGCACUAUUCCUACAUCAGGGACUGGAGCACUUUGUCAGCCAACGCUGUAGCAAGAGACAGGUGAAGCAGGAUCCAUCAGACCUUCUGUGUGGCCUGAAUGCACAGUUUCUGCGAGGGCUUCUCACCCUUGGGAAGCUGCAGCAGAAGACCAUGUUGUCUGAGAAGUCCAUGACUCCUGAACAGGUGUAUCACAUUGUAGCAGUGCUGGCUGCCCAGAGUGUGAGUCAGUGUGUGUGUCACAGCGAGGUGAGCAGGCAGCUGGAGUGGGUGCUGCUGCAUGCCCACUUCGCCCUGCUGCAGAGACUGAUCCAGCAGGGUGAAGGCUGGGCUAAGGCGACUAUCGACAGGCAGUCCCUGGUGCAGAAGAGGUGCCAGGCCCUCACAGCUCUCAUCAGUCUGACCGCCAUCUACCCUUGCCAGGAGCUGCUGGAUAUGCAGGAGAGAACAUGCCAGCUCGCAGUAGUUACAUCACCACGGGACAGCCGUGCUCUGUGUCACCUUGGUGUGGCCCAGUUGGCGCAAUAUGACAACAACCCAAACUUGGACGGGUCAAAUGAAGUCCUAAGCAAUGCCCGCCUCAGCUUCCAGGCCAGCAUUGGGCUGGAAGACAAAGCUCAGAGUGGAGACCCACCUGAACAGCUAAGAAAACAGAAAUGGUGGCAGGAGCAUCUGGAGGCUCAAAACAAGGAGGAAGCCACACAUCCCAGCUCUCAAUGCAUGACAAAAAGAGGUGCCAUGCAGGCUAGAGGAGGUCCAAAUCAGAGACGGGCCUCUGUGUCCAAACCCUGCCCGGGUGCCAUGGCAGGCCCCGUCAGAAGAGGGAAUAUGGCUCAGCUUCCAACUAAGACUCUUACAGUCAAGGGGAGACCAGGUGCAGCUGCUAAACCAAAUAAGUCAACUGAACCUUGCAGCAACGGUACUAAAUCCAAGCUCCCUGCUAACAAGCCUGAACAGGAUUGUAGUCCCAAGGUUGUUAUGCCUGCAACGGUCCCUUCAGUAGGAAACACAGGCAGCGCGUCAGGCCCAUUGAAUUGCAGGUCUCAUGUAUCAUGGCUGGGGCUGGCUCGGGCGCUCUCACGCUCUGCAGACACCCAGGAUCAGGCAAAACAGCUCUACCAAGAGGUCAUCGCCAUGGCUCCAGGGAUCCAUGAUGCUUACAUUGAGCUUGUGCAGCUGCUGGAGCCCACCGACCCUCAGGCUGCGGUGGACGUGUACUGCAGGUUCCCUAUGAAGCCUGUGGCCGAGCAGAGUUUUGAUGACGCCUUCAUCACCGGGGAGAUGGUCCGCCUGCUGAUGUCACAGGAGCAGUACGACCACCCACAGCUGGGCCCUAGUCUGACUGCAUACGGGAAAGUCAUGGGGCUAAGUUGCAUAGAGAAAUAUAUGGACAUUUUGGAUGAAAAGUCAAAGACCGCACUGCUGAAGAGCGUCUACGCAAAAAUCAACGACAGACAGGAGGACGACCCAGACCUGCAGGACUUCUUCAAAUUCAAAUGCUGGAUCUGAGAAAUGCUUGCACUGCCUUUACCUCUCAGGUUGUCUUGUCUUGUGCUGUGCUCAUAAAGACAUUUGCCUUUA